CACACACGCUGCCCCUCACACUGCAGAUCCACUCGCACUGUUCCUUUGCGAUCGACUAAGUACAUACACAUAGCUCAAUUUUCUGCUAGCUACGAUCGAGUUCAUCAGCUACACUGCAAGCUAGAGAGAGGAUCGGAGGAGAGAGAGGCAGAGCUAGAGAGAAUAUAAUCGAUCGAAGCACACGUACGCGGGACGAGAUGAUCGGGUGGGGCGACGUGUACAAGGUGGUGGCGGCGACGGUGCCGCUCUACUUCGCGCUGUUCCUGGGGUACGGGUCGGUGCGGUGGUGGCGCAUCUUCACGCGGGAGCAGUGCGACGCCGUGAACCGGCUGGUGGCCUUCUUCGCGCUGCCCUUCUUCACCUUCGAGUUCACGCUGCACACGGACCCGUUCCAGGUCAACUACCGCGCCGUCGCCGCCGACGUCAUCUCCAAGGCGGUCAUCGUCGCCGUCAUCGCCGUCUGGGCCCGGUUCGCCGCCGCCAAGGGCGCCGGCUCCGCCGCCGGCUGGUCCAUCACCAGCUUCUCCCUCUCCACGCUUACCAACUCGCUCGUCGUCGGCGUGCCCCUGGCCCGGGCCAUGUACGGCGAGUGGGCGCAACAGCUCGUCGUCCAGCUCUCCGUCUUCCAGGCCAUCGUCUGGCUCACGCUCCUGCUCUUCGUGCUUGAGGUCAGGAAGGCCGCCAUCGGCAUGUACGUCGCCGCCGAGCCGCCGGUCAAGGACGUCGAGGCGGCCAGCGCCGACGCCGCGCCCGCCGCCGCCGCUGUCGUCGUCGUCCCCGUCGCCAGCGGCAAGCCGUCGCUCUGGGCGCUCGUCAAGGUGGUGGCACACAAGCUGUCGCGCAACCCCAACACCUACGCCAGCUUCGUCGGCAUCACCUGGGCUUGCGUUGCCAACAGGCUGCACCUCGAGCUGCCCAGCGCCUUCGAAGGCUCGGUGCUCAUCAUGUCCAAGUCGGGCACAGGAAUGGCCAUGUUUAGCAUGGGGUUGUUCAUGGCGCAGCAGGAGAAGGUGCUGGCGUGCGGGCCGUGCUUUGCGGCGCUGGGCCUCGUGCUCAAGUUCGCGCUCGGCCCGGCCGCCAUGGCCAUCGGCUCCAUCGCCGUCGGCCUCCGCGGCGACGUCCUCCGCGUCGCCAUCAUACAGGCUGCAGUACCUCAAUCCAUCACAUCAUUUAUAUUUGCAAAAGAAUAUGGGUUGCAUGCUGAUGUUCUCAGUACGGCGGUUAUUUUUGGGAUGCUUGUCUCCUUGCCAUUGCUAGUUGGUUUUUAUAUUGUUUUAGAGUUAAUUAGAUAGACGAGGGUGCAUAGCCUUAAGCCUAAUGACGAAAUACGUUCUUCUCUUGAAGCUGACAACAAGUGCUAAGAAACGCCUCCUGCUUUCUUUCCUCAUUGCAUAAAACGGCAAGAGUUACUGAGUAAUAUCAAAUAUGUUUUAACAUGUAUUAUGUAAGAAGAAUGCCUAUUCAUUCUGUUAUUAAAAUGAAUGUGCAGCAAGCAGAUUUGGUUUUGAGUUU